AUGUCCAACUAUGUGAACCAGCCGAAUCCAUGGGCAACCGACCUUCCAACUACCUCCUCUAAUACACCUACCCCACCACCAUCCCAGCCAGGCUCGUCUACAUACAAUGCCAUCGUGGUUGACGAUCCGCCAGAUGAGCUGCCGCCUCCUUACUCGGUGCCGUCAUCUGAUCACGGCUUUUCGCAGUCGAGUUCUGAAUCUACAAUGCCCGCCUCCGCUGAUCUUCCUUGCACCGGCAUGCAAGGUCGCGAUCAACUCCUUCUUCUCGUCUUCAUCCACGGCUUCAAAGGUUCUUCCGACACCACCUUUGAGGAUUUCCCGUCCCGACUCACAUACAAUCUUCAGGAGACCUAUCCUGGACUCCACGUCAAAUCCCUCGUCUACCCUACCUACGACACGCGCGGCAGUCUCGCCGCGGCCGUCGAAUCAUUCGUAGAUUGGCUCAUCGAGCAAACGGUCACGCUCGAGUCCAAACCAGAGAUACAUCCUACCACUGGCAACAUUGUUCCCAACUCGGGCAAGGGUGGCGGCAUGGGCAGUGUCAAAAUCGUUCUCGCAGGUCAUUCUAUGGGUGGUCUUGUUGCCGUAGAUGCUGCGCUUGCCAUCGCUCAGAGCAGCGCAAAUCAGCACGCAAAUCUCGCCAGUGACACUCGCAGCAGCCUCAAACUCUGGCCUCGCGUCGUAGGGGUGCUUGCGUACGACACGCCUUACUACGGAGUACAUCCGGGUGUCUUUAAGAACGGCAUCAACAAGUACGCAGGUUACCUGCAAACGGCUCAGACCAUCGGAACGUUAUUUGCGCCUAUGGUGGUCGGUCUGGGCUGCGCAAAGAGCAACUGGAGGACUGCGCUCAUGGCGACCGGCGCGGUAGCACUCGCUUCAGGUGCUGCUGCCUCGGCGGCCUACUUGAACAAGGACAAACUCAAUGGCGCCUACGGCUGGGUCACCGACCAUCUCGCAUUUGUUUCAAACCUUUGGGAUGACAACGCUCUGCGUCUUCGUCUGGACAAACUUGUCGAGCAACCCCAGAUCCUGUUCCACUGCUACUACACACGUCUACCCGCAGCUUGGCGCGCCGCCAAUACCCAGGAUACAGCACCACGAGAUCGCACGUUUAUCAUCCUCCCUCCACGCUCAGCACGCUGUGCGCGCAGCUUCACUCCGAUGGAUAACACCAAAGCCGCCGACGAGGUGGAUGCACACAUCAGCAUGUUUUCCGCAAAGAACAAUCCAACCUACUUUGACCUGGGCUUGAAAACGAGUGCGUUGAUCGCCGUCUGUUUGGACAACGAGUCUAGGUUCGGUGAUCAGGUACACGCGCAGAACGAGAGCGACGAGUCCAGAGCUGCCAUGGAGGAGGAAUCGGGGUUAAGGGAUGGGGAUGAUGAGUUGGAGUGGUUGAAGCGUCAGGCCAAGGAGGCGGACUAG